AUGGAUCGAGCUUUGGAUGAGGUUAUUGGAGAGCGCCAGUCACAGAGAGGUGGAGAUCGAGGCCGCAGAGACCGCCGUCGCGAUAACUGGCCCCGCGACGGUCCCAGAAAGGUCCGUGGAUCUACCUCGCCCCCUCAUCCCCCUAUAAUCCAUGAUCGGAACAUUGCCCUCAGUCAUAUGUCAAGUGACCGCAAACACGACUUUCCGGGUCUCGAUACGCAUUUAGAGAAAGACAGCGCAAGAGAUCCUCCCAGAGACUUGAAUAGCGAUUGGGUACAUGACAAGUUCGAAGACGACGACGACAAUAACCGCCCAUCCGCGCGUGGACGCCGCUCCCGACGACCUGACCGCUACUCACCUGAACGCGAAGUCGACACCCAAUCUGGCGCAAAGAUUCGCAUCGAGAAUCUCCAUUGGGAUCUCACAGAAGAUGACCUCGAAGGUCUCUUUAGUCGCAUUGGACCCGUUCGAUCCGUCAAGAUCUUGUACGACCGAGCCGGGCGCUCUGAAGGCGUUGCCUUUGUAGUCUACGAAUCCUCCUCGGAUGCGCGAGUAGCAAUUGAUGAAUUCUCCGGCGCAAACGCCAACGGACAGCCCAUCUACCUCAAGCUCGUGCCGAACACGUCCAGGCCUGCUGCUGCUGCUGCUGCUCGGAAUCCCUUUGACAACGUGCAGAAGCCCGCCCGCAGCCUUUUCGACCGAGUAUCUAGCCCAUCGGCAACUGGCGGCCGUCGCCGUCGCGAUGACCGCUCUGCAUCCCCUAGCCGCCCGAGACGCAGUGACGUUACCAAGCCUGCGCCGAGCAAUAUCGACCGAUAUGUCCCCGGCCAGCGACGUUCGUCUCGCUCGCCUGUUCGCCGCCGUGGCGGAAGAGGACGUGGCGGUCGAGGACGAGGCGAGGGUGAGCGAGCCGAAGGUGUUCGUCGACCCCGCAAGACGCAGGAAGAGCUUGACGCCGAGAUGGAUGAUUACUGGGGCGGCAAGGAAGAAGCCGGUGGCGCGACUGCGGGCGGUGCAAUUGCGCCUGAGGCGACGUCUGCUCAAAACGGCGGUGGUGUGGCUGCAGCAGAUGCUACAGCGCCUCCAGCAGCCGCGGCCGGGGCUGCUGAUGGAGACAUUGAUAUGAUUGAGUAA